AUGGCGAACCAGAUUCUCCAGUACCCAUCUCAAGUUGCCGCUUGCCGACCGGCACCGGUGUGGUACAUAGAAGACCGAUAUGUGGUAUAUCCUGAUCCUAUGUGCUAUGUCUGGGUUCAGUACCCUCAGCCGACCUGGAUAGUGCAAUAUCCUCGGCUGCCAGCUCCCCAGCCGGUAGUUCACCAGCCGGCAGCUCCUCUGGUGCCAGCUCCCCAGGCGCCAGUUCCUCAGCCGCCAGUUCUGCAGCCGGUGGAUCACCAUGCUCAGGGGUCUGAGCAACAGGCCCCUGGCCACCAAAAUGAUGAAAUUGUCAUCACAAGGAGAAAUGCCCAAGUGCAUUUCCCGGUGGAGGCCCGCCUCUUCGUGGGAAACCUCCAAACCAGCACCCCUAACAGGGAGCUGGAAAAGAAACUGGAGGAGAUGCUCACCGGGUAUGGCGAGUGUUGGGCCAAGGUCCGUUAUGGAAACGGGCCCUUGAAAGUUGCCCAUGUGCAGUUCAGGGAUCGUGCGGCUGCCGAAGCUGCUAUGAACGAGCCCGAUCGACCUUUGUUGUAUGGUCGGGAACUGAGGUUUGAAUGGGCUCGAGGAAUAUGUACUUGA